AUGACUCCCGAUUUUUGGACUGGACUCCAGGAUUACUGGCAGCGUCCCGAGGUUGAGGCUGUUUCAGAUCGAGCACGUGCCAACCGGAUGUCCGAGCCCGAUGGGGAGGGUACAGGGAUCAGUAGGCACGUGGGCGGGUCCCAGUCGACUCGUAUCCUGCAGCAGUAUAUGAGCUUGGAUCCUGGUACUCCCCAGGAUGCACCGAACUAUGCCACCUUCCUCCGCCUCCACACGUACGCCGACGGAAGUUAUACGUCGGAGAGAGAUGCUAGAAUUGACGCCGAGGUUCAUCGACUGGCCGCUGCCACAGGACGACAGGAGCGGCUAGACGAGGUGUAUUUGGAGGUGGUGCAAAUUGAUAGGUCACGGAUCUACGGCGUCGGGAGUGCCGGGCAGAGUCAGGCUAGUAGGGGGUCUAUCCGCAGCACGGGCAGUUCUGCGGUGUCUCAGCAGCUUUAUGAGACACGGAUCUCCACGCUGGAGGAGCAAUUGGCGGCAGAGCAAGCACAACGCCAACAGAUGGAGGACCGCAUGGCGGCAGAGCAAGCACAACGCCAACAGAUAGAGGACCGCAUGGCUCAAUUGGAGGCGUUUAUGAGGAUGUAUAAUGCUCAGCCACCUCCACCCCCUCAUGCCGAUGAUGAUGAUGAUGAUGCUUAGAAUUAUUAAAACUAUAUAUUUAUGUUUUCAAACAAAAUUACAUUUGCACUUUCUUUUCAAAUUUAUGUUUUAUUGAACUAUAUAUUUCAAGUGCUUUAAUUAUUAAAACUAUAUAUGUUUUAUAUAUUUAAGGCAAUGAUGAUGAUGAUUGCAUUUAACAUAAACAAAUAAAUUCAAAUCACAUUAUAAUAACCAAAUUAAAACACUUUUGGUGUAUUAAUG